UGAAGGUGAAAGGUGAACAUAGGAAUUUGGAGCUGGAUAACUUAAAAGGAAGCAACAAGAUGACCCUCUUAAUACUGUUAAUCUGAAAAAAUCACAUCCUUCUAAGGAGGGAAACAACGGUGCUUUUGCUGAGGAAAAUCUCCGCAAGCGGAAGGACAUGGAGAAAAAUGGAUUUCUUCAUGUUGAUGAUUUUAAACUCAAUAAGUUGCCCAAGAUUUCUUCCUCUCAAUCGUUGACGGGCAAUGGAAAGACAUUGGAGUAUUGUCAAGCUCCCAUUCCACUUACUUUAGAUAGCAAGGGACCAGGAACCAGUCUUAAAGUUGAGCAUAAAGAACGCAAGUUGAAUGAUAUUGUUGAAGCUCAGCUGUCAUCUGUCACCCCGACAAAGCAUUUAUCAUCAAGUGCACAAGCUAGUCAAAUUGAUGAAGUGUCUAUCAAGUCACCUCAUCCGGAUUCGAAGUAUUUGAGCCAGGUACUUUCUGUGCCUAAAAUGGAAGAAUGGUCCGGUGUUGAUGACCAAUCAUGGCUAUUUCACAGUACUGAUCCUCAAUCAAAGAAACCCAAGGUGGGAUUUUCGGAGAUUGAUGAGCCACCACAAGUAUGGGCAGGGGCUCUGCAAAUAGAGUCAGCUGAUAUUUAUGCUCUUCCAUACGUUAUUCCAUACUGAUUAUCUUUAUUGGUGGGCACAUGGUUAACCUUCCUACACUGGAGCUGGGUUUUUCCCUUUGGGGGCGGAUUCUUUGGUUUUCUAUUCAGCAUUCUUUUGUUGUCGAUCUGGAGUGUUGCAGUGAAUGUUUUUGAAUGACUGGCUGCCAAACCGCUCUGUCACGGCAACCAUCACUUUGCUCUUAUCAGGUCAUUCCACCUCCUGGAAGUGUAGGCUGUGUAUUUGCGUCCUGGUUUGAGACUACUAAUUCAUUCAAAUCACACGAAGCAAUGAAAGCAACCAUCCUUAGGAAAAGGUAAUGUAUAAGCUUGUGCAUUCUUAUCUGAAUUGCUUAAAGCUGAGAUGCUCUUUCUAAUUGAGAUUGUGAGAGGAACUAGCUGUGGGCCUUUGCAAUUCCACUGCAAUUUUGAUUUGUAACAUAGAACUCUUAUAUUUACAAUAAAUGUAAGAUAGGGGGAAAGGAAAGUAGUGGCAUUCAUUUAUUCACC